ACUGGUUCGCAAAAUUUUAUUUUCUGUAGAUUCCAGAGCCAUCUGCUGCCGACUGGUGGGAGAGAAAGUGAUUGGUGGAGAUGGUGAGCCGGUGAGCGGCAGCGGACUGCGGAAGGAAAGAGUUCAGAACUGUUGAUCGGGUCAACCAACUCGUGUUCAAUUUUGUUGAGUGAGGGUGAGGUUAUGGUAAUUUAAAUUUGACGUUUUCAAAAUGAAAUAUAUUCUUGUUACCGGCGGAGUGAUAAGUGGUGUUGGGAAAGGGGUAAUUGCCAGUUCAUUCGGAACAAUCCUGAAAAGCUGUGGUAUUGAAGUUACUUCCAUAAAGAUCGAUCCUUACAUUAAUAUAGAUGCUGGCACGUUUUCCCCUUACGAGCAUGGAGAAGUGUAUGUGCUGGAUGAUGGUGGUGAGGUAGAUUUGGACUUGGGCAAUUAUGAAAGGUUUCUGGAUGUGACCCUCCACAAAGACAAUAACAUUACAACUGGGAAGAUAUACCAAACUGUUAUUAACAAGGAGCGCAGAGGAGACUUUCUGGGGAAGACAGUACAAGUUAUACCUCAUAUCACAGAUGCCAUACAAGAGUGGGUAGAAAGAGUAGCUAACCAAUCUGUAUCAUCAAAUGGAGCCAAACCUGAGGUGUGUAUAGUAGAACUAGGAGGUACUAUCGGAGAUAUCGAAGGAAUGCCAUUUGUUGAAGCGUUUCGUCAAUUCCAAUUUCGAGUUAAAAGAGAAAAUUUCUGCUGUGCUCAUGUUUCUCUAGUUCCUCAACCUCGAUCAACUGGAGAAGCCAAAACUAAGCCAACUCAAGCUAGUGUAAGAGAACUACGGGGUUUGGGAUUGUCUCCGGAUCUGGUGGUCUGCCGUAGUGAAAACCCUAUCAACCAAGACGUCAAGGACAAAAUAUCUAACUUUUGCCAUGUACCUCCAGAACAGGUAGUAUGCAUCCAUGAUCUGUCAUCUAUCUACAGAGUUCCAGUUCUAAUGGAGGGACAAGGUAUGGUGGAAUUUUUUAUUGAGAGAUUACAACUCAGCAUUCAUUUACCUCGUCCAAGAAAAUUAAUAAACAAAUGGAGAGAAUUGGCUGACAGGGUAGACUUAUUACGUAGAGAUGUAAACAUCAGUUUGGUAGGCAAGUAUACAAAACUCGAGGAUUCUUAUGCUUCAGUAACUAAGGCAUUACAACAUGCUGCUAUCGAUGCAGGUUAUAAUCUUAAAAUUAAAUAUAUUGAAGCUGCAGAUCUUGAAAAACAAACUAAUGAAACAAAUGCUGUCCAAUAUCAUGAGGCUUGGCAACAAUUGUGUAAAAGUGAUGGAGUGAUCGUUCCUGGAGGGUUUGGCAAGCGGGGUAUGGAGGGCAAGUUAGAAGCUUGUGCCUGGUGUCGCAAAAUGAAGAAACCUCUUUUGGGAAUCUGCUUAGGUCUCCAGGCAGCAGUUAUUGAGUUUUCUAGAAAUGUAUUACAUCUAGAUGAAGCCAACUCAACAGAGAUUGACCCAGCUACACCUCAUCCUGUUGUCAUUGACAUGCCAGAACACAAUCAAGGUAACAUGGGUGGUACUAUGCGUUUGGGGAAACGCAAGACCAUCUUUUGCAACAAAGACAGUUACAACUCCAAGUUACGGCAACUCUAUGGCAACCAGGAUAGUAUUGAGGAAAGGCACAGACAUCGCUAUGAAGUCAAUAAGGAGUAUAUUGAGAGGUUUGAAGAAUCCGGUCUUAGAUUUGUUGGUGUUGAUGAGUCGGGAGAUAGGAUGGAGAUCCUAGAACUAGAAGAUCAUCCAUAUUAUGUGGCUACCCAGUAUCACCCUGAGUAUCUAUCAAGACCCUUGAAGCCUUCUCCACCCUUCCUUGGACUAAUUCUGGCAUCAGUUGGGCGGUUACAGACUUACCUAUCUCGUGGGUGUAGGUAUUCUCCACGUGAAAGUGAUUAUGAUUCAGAUUAUAUUGAUUCUGAUAUGGAGAGUAACACAUCACAUCGCUUAACAAGCAAAUUGGAGCUAUUUGUAGAUAAAAAAGAAGCUGAAAGUACCUCUUAAAGUUAGAUCUAACAAGUUGAAAAUAGAUUCCUUCAUGUUAAAACUCAAGGUAAAAUUUAGUUUUAUUUCUUGCCUAUCUUAAGAUUGUAGGCUACUACUUAUUUUGUUUUUUUAAAUUUGAGUUUUGUAACUUAUAAGGCGUCCUGAAAAUCCAUCUAGAGCUCAAUUAGAUAAAAAAAUCACAUUCUUCAAAAAGGCCUAUAUUUUAUUUGAAAGUUUUAUCGAUAGUUCUACAGGUAGAUAUUUACCUUUAGCCUACUGUUAAAGAUACCUACUUUUCAUAUUUUAACUUGUAAGACCUUAGUCCAAUUCCAAUGUAUAGAUUAAACUUAAGAUUCUAUUUUAACUACAUACUAUAUGUAAUAAAUUUAUAUUUUAUAUAUUAGUUCUUAUUUAACUUAUCAGUGUUAUAUAAGAGUUACAUAAUGUACGAACACCAGAUCUUUUAAUAUGAUUCAUCAUAUUUGCUUUGAAUGAUACCGUAUUUGAGAAUGAAAGUAAAUUAAAUCAGUUGAACCUAGAUUUACAAUUUUUAUUUAGUGAAUAGGAUAUUUAUUUGUUAAUGUUCCAUUUUGUGUUUUGUAAACUUCACAUUAUGCAAAUUUCAGUUAAUUAAUCAAGCACAAUGAUGAUGUCAACCUUACACUGUAAAUAAAAUAGACUAGUAGGCCUAAAUCAUGAUAUGGAACAUUAUUUCUACAUCGAUUAUGAAAACAUUUUUAUCCAUAAUUCUGAAAAAUUACUGGGUCACCUUGAAUUUCUUUCAUAUUUUAAUAUGACAGUCAGGCAGUCCCUAGAAAGUUAAAAACAUGAAAAUAAUAAUCAGAAAGCCAUGUUGACCUUGCCGAGCGAUAAGAAACUUCAUAUCCACGUGCCAUGCUGCUUCUUGUGUCAUCUAACCUGGAGGUGUUGAGGUGCUCAUGUGAACUGAGCUUGAUAUUUAGAUACUGUCUCAUGGAACGUUUUUCUUUGAGGAAUCAGAUAACGUUGAGUGAUUUGUCCCGUGAAAGUACGAUUACAAAUUGCCCCUGGUCAUCAAGGUGUGCUUCGCCCUGGUAUAAAAAGAUAAACAUCCCUUCAGAUAGUAUGUAAAUACAAGCUAAGACCACGUUAGUGAUCCGAUCUCAGUGGUUAUUACAUUGAUUAAUUUAAAAAAAACGGUAAGAAUAAAUUCACGCUUUUAUUCAUCUACAAUAUGCAUUAGAAUCGCCAUAAUGCACAGGACUGGUUUACUGUUUUGUUUCCAGCCAUUUGAACCUUUUUAUCGCUUGGCAAUGUCAAUGACAGCUUUUCAACUCUUAAUUUUCAUGUUUCUUACUUUCUAAGGACUGCUUGAUCGUCAUACUAAAAUAUGAAAGAAUUGGAUUUAACCCAGUAAUUGCUCAGAAUUAGGUUAGCUAGCUUAAAUCCUGCAAAUCAAAUAUAGCAAUUUCUAAUAAGUUUUGUUUUAGUGUAGUAAGGUUCAAUAGAAGUAAUGGCCUAUUUUUUUAUUAUAAAAAUGUAGUAUAGAUUUUGGUGCUAAGUGAAAUGUGUUAUUUGUGUUAAUAAUUGUUUCAAAGUAAGUACGAGAGGCCAAAGUACAUUUAUUUUAAGAAUAUUUUAAUUUUAUAAAUAGACCAAAAUUACAUAUAAAGUAAGUAGCAUUCAAAUCUAACAAAAAAGUUAAGUUAGUUAUUUUAUUGAAAUUGAAAGUUUAAGGUUUGUUAAAAUAUAAGCUCGUUGUUUAUACAUAGUUUUAUAAAUAAUAUAGCAAUAGUUUGAGGAAUAAUUAUUGAUAAUAAGGCAAUUAUUAUAAACAAUAAGUGUGUUACCAGGGCUCAAUUUCCAAAAUUUUGGACCUGGCCUGUAAUUAAAUGCAACUAAUUGUUGAAGGUACCUUAUAAAUUCAGGAUUUCAAAGUAAGUCUGAGAAAAAGCAAUAGUUAUUAGUGUUUAUUAUUAUAUACAUUAUUAAGUUAGAGAAUAAACAGAAUACAGUGCCAGAAACAUAGUUGAUUUUCCUCCCCAAACUCAUUGUAUGUGAAACCACACUAGUGUUGUGGCAUCUAGGAACAUUCUUGAAUUUUAAUUCAGGUGUAAAAUGUUGCAUUUUCUCAUAAACAUGAAUACAAAGGUCCAUUAAUAAAAUUGAAACAAUUUUUUUGUUGAUGUCCAAAGGUCCAAUGAAAAUAUAAUUUUUAACCCCACCAUUAGAUAGGCCUACUUUUGUGUUAGGCCUAAUUAUAUCUUCUUCCAAUUACUAACAAUACUGGAAAGAAAAUAAGCUUAUAUUUGGAUAUGUUCCAAUGUUGCUGAGACAGUGAUAAAGUUUCAUAAACUUAGUUAGGAUGGGAUGGUUCUUUAUUCCAUAAAUAAUACAAGUUUUAAGUGUAUAUAUAUAUAUAUAUAUAUAUAUAUAUAUAUAUAUAUAUAUAGAUUUUUAUUUUUAAUUAUUACUUCAAAAUUUUUAAUUUAUAUCUGGAAAGCACAAACAAACUGUAAAAUUGAGCCUUGGUUGUUAUAUAAAAGUCAUAAUAUUGUUUUUAACUAUACUAAUGUACACCCCUUGGGCUUUCCUUGCUUUUUAUGAGAAUUGGAAUGAGAAAAGUAGUGAAGUUGAAUUUAAGAAGUCUCUGUGAACAUAGUUUUAGAAUAUAAUAAAAUAAGAAGUGUGUAUUUUAUAGUCAAAUGAGUCAAUUUUUUUUAUUACAACCAUUACUGCAUCUAAUGAA